AUGGCCAAGGCUCCCCAAGGCGCGUUCCAAGAUGAGCUGGAGUGGUGCAUUUCGCAGCUGGAGGCAAAUCUUUGCCUCAGCCUCACCCCAAAACAAGCAGAGGAGAUACAGCAUGUUCUCAAGGUCCUGCGCUCCCAUGAGACUCCUUUUCUGAAGAAGGAACAAGUGAUGAACCGUGUGUUUGGGGAUUAUUGUCUCAAGAUGGCUGAGGAUCAGAAGAGCACGGAGAAAGCAGACAUGAAACUUGGUGAUGUACAAGUACAGCAAAGCAGCGGGCAGGCUUCAGAUGGUGUGGUGUAUGGGAAACAAUCUGACCAAAUCUCUGAGGCAAAGCCAAAGUGGUUCAUGCCAUCUGACAACAGCUUCCGAUUUGAUUUUAAAUUUUCUGAGGUUGACCCAGAAGCAACUGGCACACCUUUGGAAGCAGUCCCCGGUGUCAGUGGUGCUGAGCAGACACAAACCAAUGUAAGAGCCACUGAGCAGGAGAACUGGAAUGGAGCCUUGAGUUCUGCUGCCUCUGGACAAGAACCCAAGUUUGCUUUCAACUUUGCCAUCCCAGAUGAAGACUGUCCUCUGGUUCAGUUAGUUCCAGCAAGCCAGCAUAUCGAGCGUACAGCAAAUUGUGAAGUGCUGGCUGAUUCCCUGCCUGCUGAAUCAGCAGGUACGCCACAGAUUUCAGCCUUGCAGAAGCCGGAGUUGACUCAUGCUACAGGUAGUGCACUCAAAGAGGACAGAAGCCAUGUCAUCUUAAAGGUCCCCCAACCAGAGACUGCUCCUGGAGAUGAGACUGUGACAGAGAAAUCCACAGCAGAUGGAGUUGCCCAGAAGAAGAGAAAGAAGAAGAAACAAAAAACUUCCAUCAGUAAAAAGGAGGUAGAAGAAACUGAGAUCAAUAGGAAGGCAAAGGCAGAAGCUAACACAUGUCAAAAGAAGGAUACGUCCCACCAGGAUGAGACCUCUCAGCAGUCAGAUGACCAGCUGUGGGAGGAGGUGGACUGGUGUGUGGAACAGCUGGAACUUGGCCUGAAGACACAGAAAUCUACUCCAAAGCAGGCUGAGGAGGCUCUCCGUGCAAUCAAGACACUGCGCAGUGACAAGGCUCCACUGGUGAAGAAGCGUCAGCUUAUGAGAGUCAUGUUUGGAGAUUACAGGAAGAAGAUGGAGGAGGAGCGGCGCAAAGAGCUGAAGCUCAUGGAAGCAGCUGCAAAAUCUGCUCGGAUUGUGGAAGUGAAGAGAAACAUCCACAACAAGAACUACCAGUUCAUCCGGAAGCACUCAGGAGCUUGCAGGAAAAGCCAAAGUUCAGCAGAAUCCCCUUCAGAGCCACCCAGGACACUUAACACAGACUUAUUCAAAUCCACAACUUCCGAAGAGGAGUUUCGCUUUAAUUUCUUUUAG